AUGGAAAAUAUUAGCCGCGUUCGAGCAUUUUCAUCUCCAGAAUUGCUACCCCUUCCAACAAGUUCAGCUGAAGGGCCAGAACAUUAUAGCUUAGAAGGUAUUGCAACAAAUGUGAAGCUGCUCUUAAAACUCAUCCAAGAUCAUAAUGAAGCGAGCACUAAAAGCCAUGAUGACCGCAAAAUGCAAAGGAUCGAUGGAAUGAUGACCAUUCUGGAUGAUGUUAAAUUUCGAAUCCAAAAAUCCCAAUCUGGCAAGAAAAAGAUACCUCAGCUUAGGCGGUGCAACACAGAUCUUCGAAUCAGUGGAGCUCCGGUAGACCAGAAACCGCAAGAAUCUGCAAGUGAUGAGAAGGAGCGAUUAAGGAAACAGCUAAAUGCAAGUUUGGCGGCACGAAAGAGCCUAGAAAUUAUGUGUUCAAGCUUGGGAAAGGAAAAAGAAAUCAUGGCAGCCGAGCUUGCAAGAAAGGUCCAUGAAUUGACUGAAGCGGAGGAGCUUGUAAAUGACCUCAAAGCCCAAAAUGAGACAUUGAUGGCAAAACUUCAAGCUUGUUUCGCGGAGAAGAAAAGGAGUAAUAGCAGAGGCGAAGCACAGGGGAAUGCAGCACUCCAAGAACGUAACAGGGCACUUUCGCAGCAGCUCCUCAAGUCCCUUGAUAGUUAUCGCUCUUUAAAGAGAAAAUACAGAGUCGUAAAAGAGGAAAACAGAGAUAUUUGCGGUACAAUGGAUGUAAUUGGAAAGGACGUAGCUGCAGGGCUUGAAAGUAUACGUAGCUUUAGGAACAGACUGGCCACAAGCAAAGAUAUUGAAGAUGAGAUUUCAACAUUAGAGGAAAUGUUUGAGCGUUUUGAUAUAAAGAUCUCAAAACAUAAGAACCGUGAAUGUGCUAAACCAAAAGCUGAGAUCAAUACUAGCAAGCCUCCUGUUGCAUAA